GCAUUUAUUAAUAGUCUCAGAGUUCUUAUUCUGGGAAACAAAGUAGCCAGGCAGAAAAGCUCACAGAUAUACACUACUGCAUGUAGGGCCCAUGAAAGCCAGAGAAGGGCACUGGAUCCCCUAAACUGGAGUAACAGGUGUCUGUGCGCUGCCACGUGGGUGCUGGGAAUGGAAACCCAGGCCCUCUGCAAGAGCAGCAAGUGCUCUUAAACCACUAAGCCAUCAAUCACUCCAGCAGGAUUUGUUUGUAUCAAAUUUAGUUUCUGCCUAAAACUUCUAACACUGUGACAAAAGAAGCCUGGGACAUUACCUGAUAGAGAUCAAUGAGCACACAGCACAACAGAGUGAGGCUAACAGAGAACGACAAACACAGGGCUUCUUACGGCCUCUCGAGAAUGAACUCACUCCACAUAAGCAGAUAGGGGAGCUGGUUAAAAACACAGAAGACAAGAUAGCCACACAUCCGAGCCUCCACAAGAGGCAAGGCUGCAGUUCUGUCCUUGGGCUUGAAUGAUCCUUCUUAAAAAUCUACAGAACGCUCAUUCACAUAGGAGAUGUCUUAUUUACAUCCAGUCCUUCCAAAACCCCAGAGAGGAUGGGUGUUACUGACAUUUUACAGGUUAGCUCAGCAUUACACACAUUAAGUACAAUUACAUGGUAAUUACAUGGUUAGUGUUUUGUGUAAGUUUUUGAUCAUUAUAAAACCCCAUGAGAGAGUACACAGGAAGGGCUGGUAAUUACCAGUUUGCAUAGCCCUCGAAUUAAUAAGAACAGGGAGAACACACACCCAUGAAGUCCAAAUUUGGGUGCUGUAUUUUAUAUAAUGCAUAUUAGCAAUAAGUGCUAAGAUUUGAACCUGACCUAAAUCUGUCCAGGUCCACAUCUCUCCGCAGUUUAUUUAUAUAAACAUAUAAAGUAUGGGAAGCAAAUCAAAUAAUUUAGAGGUCAUCUUUGUUUAAAAAAAAAAGCUAUGAUUCUAGUAAUUUUUAAAAAGUUUUUGGCUGGAGAGAUGGCUCAGUGGUUAAGAGCACCGAUUGUUCUUCCGAAGGUCCUCAGUUCAAAUCCCAACAACCACAUGGGAAAAAAAAAAAAAAAAAAAAAAAAAAAACUAAAGGGAAAACUGGUCAACCUCAUAUUCUGCUGGGUGGUGGUGGCCCACGCCUUUAAUCCCAGCACUUGGGAGGCAGAGGCAAGCAGAUUUCUGAGUUCGAGGCCAGCCUGGUCUACAAAGUGAGUUCCAGGACAGCCAGGGUUACACAGAGAAACCCUGUCUCGAAAAAACCAAAAAAAAAAAAAAAAAAAAAAAGAGUUUUCAUAUACUUAAAAAAAAGCCGGGGUGGUGGAGGUUUCAGAGACACAAAAUGAAAAGAAUGCCAACAAACAUAUUUCAAAUUUAAAAACGCAGCUGCUCUGGGAUAGCGUUGGUUCUUCUCCCAUUUUAAAUAGUUAUGCUAGCAGGUGAAAUAACUUAAGUGGCAAGCCGAUCAAUCACCACGAAUAAAACUUACUCUGCAAUUUGUAUAGAAAGCUCCCAUUUAAGCAACCCCACUUGUCCUACGGGAAGAGGCAUACUUCAGGAGUUAGUUUUUAACCCUGGGCCCCAACUCUUCAUUCAAUUACACACUUAUUUAGCAGCGCACGUUUUAAUUGUGCAUAUUUCCAUAUUCUAGAGGGUACACACGGGGUUUUCAGGCAAACUUUGACGUUUUUUUUAACGGUACAUAAGAAUUGAAAGCAGGAGCCAGCAGCAUCCACCUCUGCUUUCUCUUCAUGGAACCUAAGCUUACUUUCCAAGGAAAGAAAAUGAAAGGUUAGAUUAAACAAGGAAUAAACCAUACACCCAUUUAUUAAACCAUAUUAUUAGCCAUUACAUUAAAUCAUAACCUUAUGGUUAGGAGUGGCAGGGUUAAACAAAGUCGGCUUAAACUAGUAUCCAAAAUAUGCAAAACCCUGUCGGCAAAACACCAGCAGCUUCCCAAAUUGCAUAGCAAUCAAAAGUUUUCAUUUAAGAAGAAGAAGAAGAAGAAGAAGAAGAAGAAGAAGAAGAAGAAGAAGAAGAAGAAGAAGAAGAAGAAGAAGAAGAAGAAGAAGAAAACCCUUCUGUGUUUUAUUCUGCAACAAUCUUGCCAGCGGACAAAUGUCUACAAAAUAUAAACCGCGUUUGCGGCUUAUCCUGACGCCCCUAAAUCGCAAUCCAUUAGCUGUUGAAAAAACAAGCAAGAACGGAACACAGAACAAAGCAUACACCAGAGAAAGAGCGCGAAUCGGCAGCAGCCAGCUGGGCCUCUUUUUACUGAGCCCUUAAGACAAAGCAGGAUCGUGGCACGCACCACGGGCUGGACUACAUAUCCUAGCAUGCAAAGCACCGAGGCCUCACCACUGGACUGCGUUUCCCAGCAUGCAAGGCGCUAGGGUCUCCCGGCCAGACUACGCUUCCCGACAUGCUCUCUGCCAACAGCAAGUUCGUGACCGGAGAGGCCUGGGGUCCCGGAGUAGUGUGUUCUUUCUCCGUCCUUUCAAUAGUUUUUCGGCGUCGGGAGCCGGACACUGCCACCGGAGUCACCACUUAAGCGACAGAAGUUCCCGACCGGUUAUUCACUGGAGUCAACUGGAACGAAAACUGCCCCUCAGGCUGGGGAGGGCGGGAUGGAGGCCGGGCAAGCUCGGUCAGUUUUAGCCAAUGGCGCCCGAGCAGCUGCCCUGUCACCAUGGCAACUCAGGCCGCCCGCGGAGGGACCAGCAGUCCAUUGGGUAGAAUCUUUCUCGAAGGCUCGAGAAGAAGGAAGCGGAAGUGGCACGUGGAGGCGCCGGUCAGUCAUAUCAUUUGGAUCAAAAAACAGAACAAUUGGAGUUGCAGCCAAAAACCAGCAAAUCACUCAUGCAAACAAUACGGUCUCUAGCUUUAAGAGAUUUCAUGGCAGAGCAUUCAAUGACCCCUUCAUUCAGAAGGAAAAGGAGAACCUGAGCUAUGAUUUGGUCCCAAUGAAAAAUGGUGGCGUGGGAAUAAAGGUCAUGUACAUGGAUGAAGAACAUUUCUUCAGUGUGGAGCAGAUAACAGCCAUGCUGCUGACUAAGUUAAAGGAAACUGCAGAAAACAACCUCAAGAAGCCAGUGACAGACUGUGUCAUCUCAGUCCCAUCCUUCUUCACAGAUGCUGAGCGAAGGUCUGUGCUGGAUGCUGCGCAGAUUGUGGGCUUGAACUGCUUGCGGCUCAUGAAUGACAUGACGGCUGUUGCUUUGAAUUAUGGGAUUUAUAAGCAAGAUCUCCCGAAUGCCGAGGAGAAGCCACGGGUGGUGGUGUUUGUUGACAUGGGACACUCAUCUUUCCAAGUGUCUGCCUGUGCUUUUAACAAAGGAAAACUGAAGGUUCUAGGCACAGCUUUUGAUCCCUUCUUAGGAGGAAAGAACUUUGAUGAGAAGCUAGUAGAACAUUUUUGUGCUGAAUUUAAAACCAAGUACAAAUUGGAUGCAAAAUCCAAAAUUCGAGCCCUCCUUCGUCUCCAUCAGGAGUGUGAAAAGUUGAAAAAGCUCAUGAGUUCUAACAGCACGGACCUGCCGCUGAACAUCGAGUGCUUUAUGAAUGACAAGGAUGUCUCUGGGAAGAUGAACAGGUCACAGUUUGAAGAACUGUGUGCUGAGCUCCUGCAAAAAAUAGAGGUCCCCCUUCACUCGUUGAUGGCACAGACUCAGCUCAAGGCUGAAGAUGUGAGUGCCAUUGAGAUAGUGGGAGGUGCCACAAGAAUCCCAGCUGUGAAAGAAAGAAUUGCCAAGUUCUUUGGAAAAGAUGUCAGCACCACGCUCAAUGCAGACGAAGCUGUGGCCAGAGGCUGUGCACUGCAGUGUGCAAUUCUUUCUCCGGCAUUUAAAGUUAGAGAGUUCUCUGUCACCGAUGCAGUUCCUUUUCCAAUAUCUCUGGUCUGGAACCACGACUCGGAAGAAACGGAAGGUGUGCACGAGGUGUUCAGUCGGAACCAUGCUGCUCCUUUCUCCAAAGUGCUCACCUUCCUGAGAAGGGGGCCCUUUGAGCUAGAAGCUUUCUAUUCUGACCCUCAAGGAGUUCCAUAUCCAGAAGCAAAAAUAGGCCGUUUUGUUGUUCAGAAUGUUUCUGCACAGAAAGAUGGAGAGAAGUCGAGAGUGAAGGUCAAAGUGCGUGUGAACACACAUGGCAUCUUCACCAUCUCCACGGCUUCCAUGGUGGAGAAGGUCCCGACCGAGGAAGAGGAUGGCUCCUCUCUCGAGGCAGACAUGGAAUGUCCAAACCAGAGGCCAACAGAAAGCUCGGAUGUGGAUAAAAAUAUCCAGCAAGACAACAGUGAAGCUGGAACACAGCCCCAGGUACAAACUGAUGGUCAACAAACCUCACAGUCUCCCCCUUCACCUGAACUUACCUCAGAAGAAAGCAAAACCCCAGAUGCUGACAAAGCAAAUGAAAAGAAAGUUGAUCAGCCUCCAGAAGCCAAGAAACCUAAAAUAAAGGUGGUAAAUGUUGAGCUGCCUGUAGAAGCCAACUUGGUAUGGCAGUUAGGGAGAGACCUUCUUAACAUGUAUAUUGAGACAGAGGGCAAGAUGAUCAUGCAAGACAAGCUGGAGAAGGAGCGGAACGACGCCAAGAACGCCGUGGAGGAGUGUGUAUAUGAGUUCAGGGACAAGCUAUGUGGACCAUAUGAGAAAUUCAUAUGUGAGCAGGAACAUGAGAAGUUCUUGAGGCUUCUAACAGAGACGGAAGACUGGCUGUAUGAGGAAGGGGAGGACCAGGCUAAGCAGGCAUACAUUGACAAGUUGGAAGAGCUGAUGAAAAUGGGCACUCCUGUUAAAGUCAGAUUUCAAGAAGCUGAGGAACGACCGAAAGUGUUGGAGGAGCUGGGGCAGCGCCUGCAGCACUAUGCCAAGAUUGCAGCGGACUUCAGAGGCAAGGAUGAGAAAUACAACCACAUUGAUGAAUCAGAAAUGAAGAAGGUUGAGAAGUCUGUUAAUGAGGUGAUGGAGUGGAUGAAUAAUGUCAUGAAUGCUCAGGCUAAAAGAAGUCUUGAUCAAGACCCUGUUGUUCGAACUCAUGAAAUCAGAGCGAAGGUCAAGGAAUUGAACAAUGUUUGUGAACCUGUUGUAACUCAACCCAAACCAAAAAUCGAGUCACCUAAACUGGAGAGAACUCCAAAUGGCCCAAAUAUUGACAAGAAAGAAGAUUUAGAAGGCAAAAAUAAUCUUGGUGCUGAAGCUCCGCAUCAGAAUGGUGAAUGCCACCCUAAUGAGAAGGGCUCUGUCAACAUGGACCUGGACUAGGCUCUGUGCUGGCUCCCUCCCCCACUUCAUGAGAUGUGUUUGCCAUAGUAUGUGAUCCUGUAUAACAGACUGAGUCUAUUUAUAUUUUCUUUUUUUUAAGACUGUCUAGAAAUUUUGUGUAUUAUGAGGGGAAAAAAGGAAAAGCUUGAAUCUGUGUAGUCUCUGACCCUAAGUGAGAAUGACUUUGGUGUCAGGGUCCUGUGGAGUUGUGCCCCACACUGAGCUCUGUACAGUAUUGCUGCUCAUACACUGAGGAGGUGGGGUCGUCUUCUGAGGAUAUGAACUACACUGCUUGGUCACACGCUGGGAUCAGAAUCUUAAGCAGUUAUUCUUGCCAAGGGUUUUGUUUUGUUUUGCAUUUUGCUCUUCAUUUCCGCAUGUGUGUGGCUGUGGUUGUUUAUAAAUGAGACUAAGUCUGAUUUGCAUAAGGGCUUUCAAAAAUUAAGUCUGUCCAGUAGAGUGAUUUUGCUUUCAUUAUUACCAAGUCAAGAGUACAACAGAGCUAGUGAACCGUAGCAGCAUGCGAAGCAGGGCUGUGAACUAUCACCACACAGUGCAUUGUCCCGUGGAGGUGUGACACGGGAGACACACGUGUGGAUCAUGUGAUCAUUGUGAACACCUCGUGAGCUUUAAAAUAAAGUCCACCCUGUGGUGUCAUUUCUAA